AUGAGUUUGCCUCAGGAUCUCGAGAAAGGAAUAUUGGCAGAGGAGGAACAUGAACAGGAACAUGAAAUUGGAACGAAAACAGAAUCAACCGCAUACCAAUCCGAUAAUUCGAGAAACCCUUCGCCGAAAAAUGAUGGUUCUGCAAAUGCGUCGAUCGCCGACCGAGAUUCGAAUCUCGAAGCAGUCAAAACAAUGGAUGAAGGUCACAUCGAUGAUCUCGAAAGACAAAAGACAACCACCGAAUCAAUAAAAGUCGGACCAUCCUCCCAUCGCACACAUCCAAAUUCCGACUCGAACGAUAAGACCAGCACGAACUCGAAAUCCUCCAGCGGUUCCAGACUCGCCCGCAUAGCCCAUCGAUCUCAUACUCCGCGUGCCAAACUUCCACCGCGGCCUAUACCAGUCUCCAAUCUCGCAAACGGUAUCGUAGGAUGGGAAAGCCAGACCGAUCCCGAAAUGCCUCUGAAUUUUCCGGAAACGAAGAAAUGGGUGCUGACGGGUCUACUGGCUAGCAUUACGUUUAUAUCUCCGCUCGCUUCCAGUAUGUUUGCGCCUGGUGUAACAUUUGCAGACAAGGAGUUUCACAAUUCCAGUCUCAUAUUGAGCUCUUUCACCGUGAGUAUCUUUGUCUUGGGAUAUGUCGUUGGGCCGUUAAUACUUGCGCCUUUGUCUGAGAUGUAUGGGAGAAGAUAUGUUCUGACGGGUGGUAAUAUAAUAUUUUGUGUAUGGCAGAUUGGGUGUGCAUUGGCACCUAGCUUGAGUACAUUGAUAGGGUUUCGAUUUAUGGCUGGAUUGGGUGGUUCGGGUUGUUUAACCAUUGGAGCUGGAAUGAUUGCGGAUUUAUUUCAUGCGGACAGAAGAGGAUUGGCGACUUCACUUUUCAGUUUGGGUCCUUUGUUUGGUCCUGUUAUUGGUCCAAUAGCUGGAGGUUUCGUAGCCCAAAGAAUCGGCUGGCGUUGGGUAUUUUGGAUUCUUUUCAUUGCCGGAACUAUCAUAACUAUCGGUAUCGAAUGUCUCAACGUAGAAACUAACCCACGUCUCCUCAUAAAACGCAAGGUCGCGCGUCUCUCCAAAGAACUCAGUCGAUCUGAUCUCCGCAGCGUAUACGAUCCAAGCAAUUCAGCACAUCAUUCAAAUGCUUCUGUUCUAGCAAAUGCCAUGAUUCGACCCCUGAAAAUGUUAAUUUUUAGUCCUAUUGUGUUUAUUCUGAGUUUGUAUAUGGCGGUCGUUUAUGGACUUUUGUAUUUAUUGUUUACUACUAUUACGACGGUUUUCACAGAUAAAUAUCAUUGGGCGCCAGAAUUAGGUGGAUUAGCUUACAUAGGUCUAGGCUUUGGUUUCUUCCUUGGUCUCGUAGUAGUAGCUCGUAUCUCGGACGUUACGGUAGUCCGCAUGACGAAAGCAAAUAAUGGGAUCUUUGAGCCUGAAAUGCGAUUACCGGCUUGUAUAUUUUUUGCUUGCUUUAUACCGAUUAGUUUUUUCUGGUAUGGUUGGAGCAUUCAGGGCGGCGUUCAUUGGAUCGUGCCCAUAAUCGGCCUCAUUCCCUUCGGUUUCGGUAUGAUGGGUAUCUUUAUUCCAAUUCAAACAUACGUCAUCGACAGCUUCCCAUCCUUCGCUGCGUCAGGAAUCGCAGCAUUGACAGUAUCACGGUCGUUAUUCGGAGCAUUUUUACCACUUGCUGGACCGGCUAUGUAUGCAAAAUUAGGGUACGGAUGGGGAAAUAGUGUAUUGGGAUUUAUUGCACUGGCGUUAAUUCCGGCGCCGAUGAUUAUUUAUAAAUUUGGAGGGAGGGUGAGGAAAAGGUUUCCUGUUAAGCUUUAA